CAUUGGCAUUGGCACCAGCACCACUCCACUCCACCACCAGAGACCCGUGCCAAUCCCACACUCCACUCUCCUUCUCAUCCAUCCAUCUAACCACCCCCGAGCUAAUCCAGCUCCGUCUCCCUCGCUGUUCGGUUGUGGAGUACCACAGCUCCUACCCCCUAGCUAACUGAUCCGAGCCAUGGCCGCCUCGCUGCUUCGCCGCGCGGCCAGCGGCCGCGGGCGGUGUCCCUCGCCGGCGGAGUCGCUGCGGAGGCUGGUGUCCUCGGAGGCGGCGCCGGAGCAGGCCCUGCCGCGGCCUCUGCCGGAGAUGCCGCCGUUCGAGCACCGGCCGAGCCCGUACGCCGGGAUGGGCGGCGCCGAGAUCCUCGAGAAGCGGAAGAAGUUCCUUGGCCCCUCCCUCUUCUACUACUACCAGAAGCCGCUCAACAUCGUGGAAGGGAAGAUGCAGUACCUGUACGACGAACAAGGCAAGAGAUACCUCGAUUGCUUCGGAGGCAUAGUCACGGUGUCAUGUGGCCAUUGCCACCCUGAUAUUGUCAAGGCCGUGCAGGAGCAGACCAAGUUGCUUCAGCACACCACCACCAUAUACUUGCAUCAUGCCAUCGUCGAGUUUGCCGAGGCGCUUGCCUCCAAGAUGCCAGGCAAUCUCAAGGUUGUGUACUUCGUCAAUUCUGGGACCGAAGCGAAUGAAUUGGCAAUGUUGAUGGCUCGGCUGUACAGCGGGAAUCUCGGUAUGGUUGCAUUGAGAAAUGGAUACCACGGUGGGAGUGCUGGAACAAUAGGUCUCACGGGUUUGCAGACGUGGAAGUACCCGAUUCCUCAGGGUGAGAUUCAUCAUGUCAUGAAUCCGGAUCCUUACCGUGGAGCUUUUGGGUCUGAUGCUGCAGCUUAUGCCAGGGAAGUCGAAGAACAUAUAAAUUUUGGCAGUUCAGGAAGGGUUGGAGGUUUUAUCGCAGAAACUUUCCAAGGUGUAGGAGGUACUGUUGAACUAGCUCCUGGAUACCUGAAGUCGGUAUAUGAUACUGUCCGGAAGGCGGGUGGUGUCUGUAUAGCUGAUGAAGUCCAAAGUGGUUUUGGACGUACUGGAAGUAACUACUGGGGAUUCCAGACGCAGGAUGUCAUCCCUGACAUUGUAACGAUGGCAAAGGGAAUCGGCAACGGUCUACCACUCGGUGCAGUUGUAACAACUCCUGAGAUUGCAAGCGUGAUGGCUCAGAAGAUCCAGUUCAACACAUUCGGUGGGAACCCUGUCUGUUCUGCUGGUGGAUUGGCUGUUCUUAAGGUUCUCGACAAGGAGAAACGGCAGGCGCAUUGCGCAGAUGUCGGCGCUCACUUGGUGGAACGUCUGAAAUCUCUUCAGCAGAAGCAUGAAAUCAUUGGAGAUGUCAGAGGAAGGGGGCUGAUGCUUGGGGUGGAGCUCGUCACUGACAGGACGGAGAAGACUCCGGCCAAGGCUGAGACCGCUCUUCUGUUUGAGAAACUCAAAGAUCUUGGCGUUCUAGUCGGCAAAGGCGGUCUGCACGGCAACGUUUUCAGGAUUAAACCACCGAUGUGCUUCUCAAAGGACGAUGCAGAUUUCUUGGUGGACGCCAUGGACUACGCCAUGUCAGGGUUCUGAGGACCAUGAACGUUCUUGUGCCUGCCCCUGAACCGUCACCGGGGCCGCGGCGCGGAGUGCAUGGGGAUGCCCUGGUGCUGGUAGCAUGGUACGUUCCCAUGGCUGGGCUGCGUCACCGCGUGUUUGCUCGCAACGCAUGUAUACGUGCCCGGUGUCUAUGUUCGUGAUGAUGAAACACAACCCUUACCCAGGGAGAAGGGAUGAAUAAAUGAAGGGAGGAAAGCAUCAGAAAAGCGCAAUGUGCUGUCUGGCUUAUCUGCUGUUUUUUGGUAGGGAUAUCUGAAAUCCAAUGGGCAAGGAAAAUCUA